AUGGCCGUCUCAAAUGGAUACUUGGCUGAAGAAAUCAUCUUCUUAAUACUUUCAUGGCUGCCUGCAGUAUCACUAGUCAGGUUUAGAAAAGUUUGCAAGUUGUGGAACUCCAUAAUCACCAACCCUAAAUUUAUUGAAAAUCACCGCAUCAAUUGCCAAAAAAGGCAGCCCUCUUUGCUCAGUUUGGCCCAGAUAGGAGAUGUCCAGCAAAUGUGUAUCACUUGUGAAGAUUAUUCGUUUAGGCUGAACCUUCCCCAAAAUUGUUAUGGUACGACAAUUUAUUAUGUUCGCUCCUGUAAUGGUCUUGUUUGUCUUGCUGAUUUAUAUGCUCAAGUUAUAUGUGUAUGCAAUCCAUCCACCAGGCAGUUUAAAAUACUUCCUACCCCCAAUAUAAAAUCAAAUUGCAUCAUUGGAGUUACUCUAGGGUUUGGAUUUGAUUUUAUUGGAAAUGGAUACAAGAUUUUAAGGAUGGUGUUAGGGCUCCAUGGGGGUAAUGGUUUAGAACAAUUGGCAGAGGUGUAUACCACAAAUGCUGAUUCCUGGAGAAUGAUUGAAACCCCUCCUAUAGUACAGAAAUUUAGGAUUUUUCCGAGCGGAAAAUGUGUAGAGUCUAAAAAUGGAGUAUUGUAUCUGGAAGGUACUAAUGGUUUGCUGUGGUUCAAUCUGCAUAACGAGGUGCUUGGAGUACAUCCAUAUCCCCAAAAAUCUUUGCACCAUGUAAAGAUGUCAGAUCUCUUAGAUCUCCAAGGAUCCGUAGCUAUGAUCCGUAGAUCCACGGAUGAUGAAUCAGUUCCUAGUCUAUGGUUGUUGGAUGGUGAUGGGGGCAAGUUGUCUUGGACUAAGAAGUGUAAUCUUGAGGGUGCUUCUGACAUACAAUGGAUAGUUUCUUACUGGUAUUCUGGGUAUUUUAUUGGAUUUGAUGAUGACUCGGGACGCAUAUUUUAUGGUUACAAAAAGAAAGAGACUAAUAAACCUUGUUUUCCUGCUGAUGUAUUAGACGAAGCUGAAUCAGUUGUCAAGCAUUGUGACUCCCUUGUUUCACUUAAGGGAUUUGAACAACUAGAGUGA